GGAUGUACCAUUAUUUUAGAUCGAUGCUCGACAUGUUCCCUUCAAGAUGAAAAUCAAGUCACUUUCGAGGCCUGCUGGCCCUCCAGGCGAUGGCCUGCGCCAGCCCAGAAAUCUCGACCCCGCCCAGCACCCUUUCGAACGUGCAAGAGAAUACACAAGAGCCCUAAAUGCUGUCAAGAUGGAACGUAUGUUUGCUGCCCCAUUUGUGGCUCAACUAGGUCAAGGUCAUGUCGACGGUGUCUAUACCCUUGCCCGGGAUCCCGGCUCUUUGGAAAGGUUAGCCAGUGGAAGUGGUGAUGGAGUUGUUAAAGUCUGGGAUCUGGGCAACCACGAUCAAGUAUGGCAGACAAAAGCGCAUGAAAACAUUGUCAAGGGUGUCUGUUGGACCCCAGACAGGAAGUUGCUGUCUUGUGCCGCAGACAAAACCGUCAAACUGUGGGAUCCAUAUGGACAAAGCACCGCUCCCACGAGCACAUACCUCGGACAGGGUGCAUUCACCUCAAUCACACACCACCGAAACCUGCCCUCUUUCGCCGCAUCCUCGAGUUCCAUCUCAAUCUACGACCUUUCUCGUCCAGCCUCUGGGCCGACCCAAGUCCUGCGGUGGCCAACAUCAACAGACACCAUCACCGCCGUCUCUUUCAACCAGACGGAAACUUCAAUCCUCGGAUCCACCGCUCUAGACCGAGCCGUUGUCUUGUAUGACCUUCGAACCUCAUCUCCCGUGUCAAAGACCGUCCUAAGACUUGCCUCCAAUGCCCUGUCUUGGAACCCAAUGGAAGCCUUUAACUUUGCGGUGGCUAACGAAGACCACAACAUAUAUAUCUUCGACAUGCGGAAGGUGGAUAGGGCUCUCAAUGUACUGAAAGACCACGUGGCGGCGGUCAUGGAUGUCGAGUUUAGUCCAACGGGAGAAGAGCUGGUCAGUGCAUCGUAUGAUCGUACGAUCCGGUUGUGGAACCGAGAUCGGGGCCAUUCGAGAGACAUAUAUCACACCAAACGAAUGCAAAGAGUGUUUGCAGCCACAUUUACUUCGGACAAUAACUAUGUUCUUUCGGGAUCAGACGAUGGCAAUAUCCGACUGUGGCGGGCAAAUGCUUCGGACCGCGCUGGAAUCAAAUCUGCUCGACAACGGCAGAAGCUCGAGUAUGACCAAGCUCUGGUCCGACGAUACGCACACAUGCCUGAGAUCAAACGCAUCAAACGACAUCGACGCACCCCCAAGACAGUAAAGAAAGCAGGGGAGAUCAAAGCCGAAGAAUUGAAAUCCAUCAAGCGCAAGGAAGAAAACGUGCGAAAACACAGUAAGAAAGGAACCAUGAAACGGCACAGUGAACGAGAAAAGAUGGUUCUUGCCACAGAAGCCUAAAAUCGUGGACAUGAUUGAUGAAUGUGAAUGUACAUGGGCAUGGGCAUGGGCAUGAGUGGUGUAUGGCGUGAAACUGGGUCAGGACGGCAUUGCUGGGGCUCCACGUAAAAUAAAGCGUCAGUGUAAUAGAGAUAAAUACCCCCGAUCUUUCAGUAAGACGCAGUACCUUGG